AUGCCCAUCCCAACACUUUCGGUUUCGCUGCGCGACCCCCGUAAACAAACUUCAAAUAUAGCACGACCUGCUACAAAACCCUCCACUCCACUGCACACCAAGGCCAACCUAAGCAAGGACUCUGCCCGAGAGACGAAUUAUAAGACCCGCUCGCCAUCAAAUCCCUUGCCGGUCGAAGGCGUAGCUCUGAAAGACAAUCGACUCACUGCUCGAGGAAGAACACUGCUCCCCCAGCGCAGUAAUGCUUCUGAAGACAAUGGUCGUGGAAUGGGACAGGGGCGUAUUCAGCCACCUAGCAGCAAGCCGAAAUUACGCAGGGACCUGUCACCAAGUAGACAGCAAGAGAUAUCGCCGUCUAAAAAAUCAACACAGUCGGACACUGCAUCAAAGAAGGCCGGGGUAGCACCUAGCCGUCGUCAGAGCAUCAUGCGACCUGGUGCGUUGAAGAUGCCUUCGGCAAAGAUUACAGUCCCUUCGACAAAGAGCUUAGCGCCAUCAAUCUCGGCAUCCUCAUCCCGCAAAGUGCCCGAAAGUCAAUCCCCGGCACAACCUCCUACGAUCAGACGGCCCUCUUCGGCCAAGACAACAGAAUUGCUACCUCCACCACGCUCCGCACGGUCCCUCUCUUUAAAGCAACCUGUCAGCGCCAGUAAAGGACCACCGGCCGCAGCCAAAGCCCAUGUGCGGAACAAGAGUCAGGUGGUACAAAAUACAAAACAAGCUGAAUCAACCCCAGCAAUCGGCCAACGUGCACGAGCACUCUCAAACUACCAGCAGCCAGCAUCCCCUAAGAAAAGUUCCAACCCCCCAACGCCUACCCCUGGAUGCGAAUCUCAGCCUGGAAAUAUGCCGAUCUCUUCAUCAUGGCCGGAUAUUGCAGCACUACAAACUGAACUUCUUCAGCUCAGUCUUUUCCAUUCCAACUCACAGCAAAGCCAUUCUGAGUGGAAUUCUGAUUCCGAGACACGUCUGCGCAAAAAGUACGACAGUGUUGCUAGUCAAUAUCGCUUGGUACUGGCAGAUGAAACGCAGCGGCAGUAUCGCUUGAAUGUGCAGGCCCUAGAGAUUUGGCUUUCUAAUUGUCACAAACAUCGCGGCCCACAUGAUUUCUCCGAGCAGAUUCAAAUUUUAUCACAGGUUCUACAAGAUGUUUCGGAUAUGAUCGUUGGCCAGAGCGCACAGUUUUACCAGGCUGUGAAGACUUUUGAAGACUGGCUGGACCAAGCGGAGCUUAUUCGUCACAACCGUGGACUAGGGUGCCUUCAUAUUGACGCCUUCAUUGAUCCCCUGGGGCAAAGCUGGAAAGAAUUAUCACGUGCUUUAAAUGCGAGGCUGGAGCUCUGUGUACGCCAACUACAAGCUCUUGAUAUUCUGGGCUUCGGACAAAUGGAGCAUCUAGAACAGUCUGCUCUUGUCAGAGUAGCUAGGAAUUUGGCUGAAUUGAUACAACUCAUGACGCAGGAGAUUCGUGCCAUACAAACAUUGGAGACAGAGGUGGUGCGUUCAGAAAGAGAUUCGGUCAGCCUUCUUGCGAUGCAGCUGGCAAGCUCUAGAAGCGAAAUAAGGGCUCCCCGGAUCGGGGCAUGGAGAAGCUAG